AUUUAAUCUCAUUUUGAUCGAUUUUGAAUUCUACCGAAACUCCUCCGCGAAAUCCUGUCAAUUUUGUUGUAAACUCUUCCCGGGUCCUAUCUCAAUCCUCCACAUCUCUAUAUAAAUCGACCCAAUUCCGUAGUUUUUUGUAUCCAUAAUCUUUUUCCCAGAGAGUUUUUUCUUAUCUGAUCUUCUUGAUCUUGAUUGAGCUUUUAUUUUAAUUGCUGUUUUAUUCUUUUCUUUCAAAAGUAUAAACAGAGAUGGACAUUGAUUUGAGUCCUAAGUUGCCAAAGAAGAUGUAUGGCGGUGACGGUGGGAGUUAUCAUGCAUGGAACCCGGAAGACCUUCCGAUGCUAAAGCAGGGAAACAUUGGUGCUGGGAAGCUCGCUCUGGAGAAGAACGGACUUGCUCUGCCCCGUUACUCUGAUUCUCAUAAGUUGGCCUAUGUUCUUCAGGGUAAUGGUGUUGCUGGAAUUGUUCUUCCAGAGAAGGAAGAAAAGGUUAUUGCAAUCAAGACGGGUGACUCCAUCGCCCUUCCAUUCGGUGUGGUCUCAUGGUGGUUCAACCAGGAGGACACAGAACUCGUUGUCCUGUUCUUGGGAACUACUGAUAUUGCCCACAAACGAGGAGAAUUCACUGAUUUCUUCUUGACGGGUGCCAAUGGUAUAUUCACCGGCUUUUCAACUGAAUUUGUCAGCAGGGCAUGGAAUGUAGAUGACAAUGCUGUGAAAGCCCUUGUUGGAAACCAGAAAGCCAAGGGAAUUGUCAAGGUUGAUACCGGAUUCAAGAUGCCUGAGCCCAAGGCUGAGCAUCGUAAUGGCAUGGCCCUAAACUGUAUUGAAGCUCCCUUGGAUGUUGACAUCAAGGGUGGAGGCAAAGUGGUGGUUUUGAACACCAAAAACUUGCCAUUGAUCGGCGAGGUAGGCUUUGGUGGAGAUCUUGUCCGCAUCCUAGGCCAUGCAAUGUGUUCGCCGGGUUUCUCGUGCGAUUCAGCUCUGCAGGUUACUUACAUUGUUAGGGGCAGCGGCCGUGCUCAGAUUGUUGGCCCUGAUGGCAAGCGCGUGCUUGAGACAACUGUCAAGGCUGGUAACCUCUUCAUAGUUCCCAGGUUCUGUGUUGUUUCAAAGAUUGCAGAUGAUAGCGGGUUGGAAUGGUUCUCCAUUGUCACAACUCCAAACCCCAUUUUCACACACAUGGCUGGAAGAACAUCAGUGUGGAAGGCCUCAUCCCCAGAAGUGUUGCAAGCAUCAUUCAAUGUAACACCUGAAGUGGAGCAGCAGUUCAGAUCAAAGAGGAUGGCUGAAGAAAUCUUCUUCCCACCAAACUAA